AGUACCUUGUACCCUUGAUCCGUUCGCGGCUAAUCAAUUGGCCUUGAACCUUGAAGUUGAACAGUUCCAUGUAUCACUCACUAAACUAAGUAAACUAUACUUACAUCAUUCUUUCAAAGAACACAAACCGCGUCCUAAAGUGGCGCCCAUUCAACCACUUACCAAGAACAAUCCCCGAUUCUUAAUCCUCAUCUAGACAAAUUUAGUAAUACAUUCGAGGAGAAACAAGUCCAACCCCGUCGUCGAUAUUCAUCAACAUGGCCGCCCGUGUCAAGAACGAGCAGGGCCUCAAGCCUGAGCCUGGCAUCAAACCCGAGCUUGAUGGCGUAGGCGCAUCGCCUGCUGGUACUGCUAUGUCCGAGGAUGACGUCUAUGAAGAUGCUGGAGAUCUCGAAUUCUAUGAAGCGAAUGAUACCGGAGCUGAUUCGAUAUUCUUGACUCAUAUCCCAAAGUAUCUUUACGAUGCAUGGGAAAGCAUGGAUGAUGAUGCCGAGAUUAGAAUCGGUACUCUACGCCGGUGGUAUAACAAGGGUCCGAAUGGUGAAAGAACUCAUUCAAACCUAGCAGUCUUGCUAGACCACCAACUCGCCCCCCAUCAGCAAAUACCAAAGGAGUACACCCUCGAGGUCAAGGAUAUGAGCCUUGCGAACACCUUUCUAUUUACUGAGCAAAAUCUUCCCGGAUACAAGGCCAAGAAUCAAGGACCGACCGAUAUUCCUGCGUACCUUCGACCGAAACCCGAGCGUCCAGCCCAAAAUGCGCAGCCCGAACCUGAAACCAAGCGCGGUCGAAGGGCCAGAUACCAGCCUCGCUACAAGAAAGCUAUUCCCAAGAGAACCGUUCUGGCAGGUCGAUUCCGCCACGAACUAAACUGUCGACCCGCCUGGACAGCCGAGGCGAAGCAUUGGCUGAACAUAAGAAACAACGACGCCAUGAAGCCCAAGGCAACCACUACCCUUACCUCCUCUGCCAGGCCCACUGGUGUCAUCCAAGCUGGUGCUCACGUUUCUCACGACAAAUUCAGCAAUUUUGUUCGUGUUGGUCCUGAGGCGAAGAAGGGAGCGAAGAAGCAGAAGGAAGAGAAGGCUGCUCGUAUACCGAAGAGCGAGUUGCGAGACCAAAUCUUCCGUUGCUUCGAGCAAUUCAACUUCUGGUCUAUGAAAGCUUUCAAGCAAUCCUUGAACCAGCCAGAAGCCUGGCUACGCGAUAAUUUGGAGGAAGUAGCAGUACUGCACAAGACGGGACGUUUUGCCAACCAUUGGGAGCUGAAUAACGAUCACAAAGGUGCUCUCAAUAUCCUUGAAGGUGGUGGUGUUGCUCCUGAUACUGCACCUGAGGCGGACGAUUCUGAUUCUGACGCGGAAAUGGAAGACGUCUUACCGGCAUGAUAGGAGCUAACGUAAGCGUACCGGUUGCCAAAUGAGAGUGGCGGUUAGGAGAAUUUGAGCACGAGAUGGGGAGUUAUGGCGUCUUCGGACUGUUUAUACGUCAGGGCUUCCUUGUACAACAUAUUGAUACCCUCGGCAGCAUACGACUAGGACUCGGUUAAGUGGCCACUGUCUCUGGAAGCUCUGACUAGGUAUCUACCUAAGGUGACUUUGAAUGUGAUAUGGCCUUUACAAGUGUGUCAAUGAAAGUACUAAGUAAUAUAGUUGCCAUAGGUGACAAAAAACACUUUGGCAUUCUGUACAUGUAUGAACCCC